AAUAGACGUACGCGACGCUCUCGACCGCUGGUACGAUAUUAUAUUAUUAUCAUACCGCGCGCGGCUUCCAUUCGUUCUAUUAUAUACGUGUGCGCCGCGUUUCACGUCAGUCCGUCUGACGUCGUCAAGCGUCCUCUGCUCAGCCAUCGCGCGGUCUCAGCGAACCGUGUGCGCCACGCGUGUGUCGGUGGUCGGCGUGUGCGUGUGUGUGUCGGUGGUCGGCUUGUGCGUGUGUGUGUCGGUGGUCGGGCUUGUGCGUGUGUAUCGGUGGUCGGUGUGCGCGCGGGCCCCGCGACCGUGUGCGUGUGUGCGUGAGCGCGCGGCGCGUAUAAUAUUGCGGACACCGCGGGUCAGUGUGCGCCGGUGCGUGUCAAUCAUAUUCGCAAAUCGCGCGCGUAUAAAUCGUUUUCGUUUUUCGCCGAUCUCUUUCGAUCUUUUUUUUUCCCCCGUCAUCAUUUUCGUUUCGAAUUUCUUUCCGGCGCGUUCGAAAUCUUUCCACAAAAUUAUUAAUUUUAUAUAACCAUCCUCCGAUCAACCAAUCGCACGAUAUCAUACUAUACCUAUACGAAAAAGUAAAACAUAAUUCCCGCGAACGCAUAUUAAUUACAUGACAUAAUAGUAUUAAUAAUUCUAUCAUAAUUCAUAAUAAUAUUAUUAUGACCGUCGUCGACGAUACGUCUGUCUCGACGUGAUAUUGUGAUAUCGCAUUUUAGUUCGUUGACGGACAUGCCUUGUGGAUAAAUCGCGACUAAAGCCCGCCACCCGCUGGACCCGAACUAAAGAUUGGCAGUAUUGAUGAUCUCGUGGACUAUCAAACACUUUCGCAUGGAGAACGGUCGGCCGAAAUAUUUAAUAUCCUGUGGAUUGAGGACGUCAUAGUCGUAGAUUACGCAUCGUAUCAAUCGUACUACUAUAGGGAGGGAAAAACGUCAUGCUUAACUGCACCGAUGCCGAGUGCACGUUGCACCAUCACCAUAUUCACGUGGACCCGAUACAGCAUCACCUACAGGAUGACCGGCAACACCAUGAACAUUCCUCAGUUAUGUCCAGUGAUGCGAACAGUGUGAACGAUAUAUAUCAGGGGUUCAUUAACAGCAGCGCAAAUCCAGAAUACUCUUCCGAACAUGUCGAUGUUCCAAACGAAGGAGUAUACAUGGUGUGCGGUGUCCUCAUCGCCAUGGUGCUCGUCGCUGUGAUAAUAGUAAUCCUAGCAGUUACUAUAAGCAAGCUUAGGAAACGCGAGGAAACCGCGACCGCCGUAGCAGCCGCGGCCACGGCAGCGGCCACAGCCGUCGCCACCGCCAACACUGCGAUCAACAAUAACAACAACAACAACAACAAUGUGGACUGUCAGCUGCCCCAUGCCCAGCCUGUCGACGUCGCCGUUGUCACAAACGUAUCGGGUGACGUGGGCGAUGCGCCCGUACCUUUACCGUUCCUCUGGCAGUAUUCAGCCAAAAACGCUGCAGCCAAAAACACCAAUGGGUAUAACUCACCGUACAGGCUGUACAGCUCCGAUCAGGACACAUUGGUGUGCAGUGUACCCAUCGAAGAAACCGCAGAGCACCGCAAGGGACUACGGAAAAACUUGCGAGGCAAGUGGCGAAGACUGGUGCACAAAAAGCAACAGCAACAAGACGCAUACAAAAUACCCGCAGAACUACGGGACCAGCUCAAACAGAUAUAUGUGUACUGAUUCUAAAAGUUUGUUUUUCAAAGACAAUCCACAAAACCUAUCAAAUUUGCAAUCUAUUAUUACUAUAUUAUUUUUAUUAUAUAUUUUUUUUCUAUGAAAGGACAAAACUAUCUUGUAUGUUUUUAUUAAUAACGUACCUAUGUAUAAUAAAUUUUCAUUCCUCUUAGAGUA